AAGAAGAAGAAGAAGAAAAGGAGGAGGGCGUCACACUUGGCGCAGACAAAACAACGAGACCGUACAGGUAGAGGUGGUAAAGGUAAACGACGAGAGCUAAAGAAAUCUGGCAUGGCGCCACCGGCACCGGCCGCUCUCCUCCUCCCCUCCAACCAUUCCUAUCGCCCGCUCCUGCCUCGCCCAAUCCUGCACCACGCCACCGGCUUCGCCUGCGCCUCGGCCUCGCCCUCGCCGCCCCCUCGCCUUCGCCUUCGCCUUCGGCAUGCCGCCCCGCUCCGUGCCGCCGCCCUGCCGGCCAUCGCCAUCGCCCCCGGCGACCACUGGGGCAACUGGGCCUUCCUCCUCUCCGCCGCCGCCUUCGGCACCUGGUCGGAGGAGUCCACGUCGUGGGGCGCCGCGCUCAGCGGCUCGCUCGUCAGCAUCAUGGCCGGCCUGGCCGCCACGGCCACGGGUCUCGUCACGGCCGGCGCGCCGGCGCAAGACGCCGUCAUGGACUACCUGCUGCCGGCCACCGUCCCGCUCCUGCUUCUCGGCGCCGACCUCCGCCGCGUCGUCAGCACCACCGGCGACCUCCUCAAGGCCUUCCUCAUCGGAUCAGUUGCAACUACAAUUGGCACAACGAUAGCCUUUCUGUUGGUUCCUAUGAAAUCACUGGGUCAAGAUAGCUGGAAGAUCGCCGCUGCGCUCAUGGGCAGCUACAUUGGUGGAGCGGUGAAUUACGUCGCAAUCUCUGAAGCACUUGGCGUUUCUCCGUCAGUGCUAGCAGCCGGUGUGGCUGCAGACAACAUCAUCUCUGCACUCUACUUCAUGACCCUCUUCUCGCUGGCAGCCAAGAUACCAGCUGAACCUAAAACUGCUCAAGCAGAGGGUAGUAACGGCGGCGAGUCUGAGGGCGGAAGGCGGAUGUCGGUGCUCCAUGGCGGCGCGGCGGUGGCGCUGUCGUUCGUGAUCUGCAAGGCCGGGUCGGCCAUCUCCAGCCAGCUGGGAAUCCAGGGCGGCACCCUGCCGUGCGUGACGGCGCUGGUGGUGGCGCUGGCGACGGCGUUCCCGCGGCUGCUGGGGAAGCUGGCGCCGUCCGGCGAGACCAUCGCGCUGAUCCUGAUGCAGGUGUUCUUCACGGUGGUGGGCGCCAACGGCAACCUGGUGGACGCGGUGACCAAGGCGCCCAGCGUGUUCGCGUUCGCGCUGGUGCAAGUGACCAUCCACCUAGGCAUCGUGCUCGCCGCAGGGAAGCUGAUGGGGUUCGAGCGGAAGCCGCUGCUGAUCGCGUCCAACGCCAACGUGGGCGGGCCGACGACGGCGGCGGCCAUGGCGACGGCCAAGGGGUGGAGCUCGCUGAUCGUGCCGGGCAUCCUGGUGGGCAUGUUCGGGAUCUCCAUUGCCACGUUUGUUGGCAUCGGGUUCGGCAUGUUUGUGCUCAGGAGGAUCUGCGGCGCCUAACCAAUCUAUAGUACUAACAAUUCAAUUGGUUUAUAUAUAGCUGUGAUCAAUAAAUAAUAAUGGAGGAGUAGUAGCAAUGAAGAAUCAUGCAUGCAUUUCAAUGAAAAGUGUAAACAUUAGAAGAAGAAGAAGAAGAAGAAGAAAAUACUGUAUUAUUUAUCAAGAGUAAUACUAUUAUUAUUAGAAGAA